AUAGAGACAGGCGGUUUUGCUUGGUGGACAGUAGUUAGCGAGAGAAGAAGAAGAAGAAGAAGAGGAAGAAGAGAGAGAUAGAGAGACAUCUCUCCCGACACACCAUUUUAGAGAGAGAGAGAGAGAGAGAGAGAGAGAGAGAGGAUCGAGAUGAGAGAGAUCGUCAGAAGUCUCAGAUCGCCCCGUCGUCGUCUUCUUCUCCUGGCCUUGGCUUCAAUCUCCGUCCAAGCAAUCGCAGGUGAUGACCCAUCGAAUUCUAAAAAUGAUGCGAAGAAAGAGGCUCAUGGCGCAUCAAGUAGUAGCAGCGGAUCCAUGGUGGUGGGAGUGCUGCUUGUAAUAGUGGUCGUCAUAUUGGUUUCUUAUUUCCUAUACAAGCUUUGGCAAAAGAAGAAGAGAGAAGAGCAAUACGCUCGCCUUCUUAAGUUGUUUGAAGAGGAUGAUGAGCUCGAGGUCGAACUAGGCCUAAGAGACUGAGUUUGUUUCAAGUAUGCAGUUCGUAGACCUAGUUGGAUCUCAACGGGCGUAGAUAUUUGUUUGCAGUUUCAAAUUGUACUCUUGUGUAUUCAUGUGCACAAAGGUUAGAAAUACAAGGAAUUUUUUCCUUUUGGCCUGUAUGAUUAUGAUGGAAUCAUUCAGUUUUGUAUGAGAUACUUUGAAGGGUAACCCCAAUUUGUAUAACUGAGUAUAUGUCAUCAAUUGGUGAUUGACCUCCACCUCUCAUGAUGGAAAUCCUUAUUCAUCGCUUUACAGUA